AUGUUCAUCAAACAAAAGCAGAUUCCGCGCGACCGUUGUAUCAACUUGCCCAAGUGCUAUUUUGGUGUGGGUGACAAAGGCCGCCAGCCACCUAAUCGAGCAACAAUUUAUGACGACGGAAAAGUCUGGGUCAGUCGAGUGGGACCAUCUUGGAAGCAUCUCUUGCCGCAGUUGAAUCCAGUGUCCGUCGGCUAG